GAAACAACACGUUCACAUCAAUAUCUCACGAAGUACUCAACAAACACAUUCUGGACCUGAUCCAUACCGAAACCAAACCUAUUCUCAUUUUGGCUCCGGCUACCAAAGGCCUAAAAGAAGAAGACUGCGCACACAUCUGGCCACGAUGGCCCAAUACUACGGCUCCCAAUCCCCUCAAAACCUCCAAUUCUACCCAUCCUCCUACUCAGUCUCAGGCCACACCACACCAUCCCAAGCCUCUUACGGUAUCGGCUAUAGCGGCCAACCAUCCACCCAAGCAUAUUCCGGCUCAUCAGCAGGUGGUGGUUAUGGAGGAGCAGGCGGAUUCGGUGCUGCUGGGGUCUCUAGCGGCGUAUCUGGUAGAAUGGGGGAACAGGGAGGGUUAAGGACAGGAUGGUUAGCUGCGUUUGGUACGGAAGGGUAUGAUGGUGAGCCGCCGUUGUUGGAGGAGUUGGGUGUUAAUUUUGAUCAUAUUCGGACCAAGACACUUACCGUCCUCAACCCCUUCGCACAAAUAGACCAACACCUCAUGGACGACAGCGACCUAUACGGCGCAAUCCUCUACAUCGUUCUAUACGGCACAUUCCUCCUGUUCUCCGGCAAAGUGUUUUACGGCUACAUCUACGGCGUCGCUGUAUUCGGUACUUUGGCACUACAUCUCAUCCUGAGUCUAAUGUCUCCUUCCCUGGAUACAACCAGCGUCGUUAAUGCGGCAUCACCGAUCCCCAAUGCGGCGGAUCCGAAUAAUUAUGAUCCUCAUCAGAAGCCGCCUGGUCAUAUCGCUGGUGGGGUUGCGACAACGGGUCAUUUUUCGGCUACGUUGACAUUUCCGCGCUCCGCUAGUGUGUUGGGGUACUGUUUUUUGCCGCUUGUUUUGACCAGUUUGAUCGGAGUGUUGAUUCCUAUGGAUACUAUGUUUGGGUAUUUACUUACCUCUGCCGCCGUGGGGUGGUGCACUUAUAGCAGUUCGGGCAUGUUUUGUGCUGUGGGCAGAAUGCGUGGUAUGAGGUUCCUGGUGGCUUAUCCCUUGGCAUUGUUUUAUAUUGUGUUUGGCAUUAUGGGGAUCUUUUCAUCGAGGGGGAGUGGUACCUUGGCCGCUAAGACGGGGAGUUAUUAAUACGUACAUGGCCUUCAUUGACCAGAAACAGCUGAGAUCUAAGCACGAAGGGUUCGUUAUAUGAGUUACUGGUAGUUGUAUAGUAGACCGAAUAUACAUGACUUAUGAUAGAUUAUGCUAUGAUAUAUGUAUUAUCGCUGUUCAUCCUUCCUAGGCGCCCAUGAACUCAUCCACUCCCUCGCCUUCUCCAAAUCCCCACUACUUGCCUCCAACGCAGCAAGACACCAUCUCAAAUCAUACACUCCCUCUGCAGCAAUCAAUUCACCUAUCACCCGGCGCUGUUGACUCAUUUCAUCCGCACAGAGAUAGAAUAACCUGUCUCCCUCCGCAGUCGAAUCGGUCUGAUUAGGUUGCGUGUUUAUCGAAGCGAUGAGAGGUUUAAUGACUUGUAGAAUUUCCUUGGAGGAUGUUAGCAGCUCCGUGCUUGCGGAGGAGGAGUUUGGAUGUCCUGUUUUGCAAUAUACGUUUCGACACCAGGAUUUACCGCAACCUGUAAGCAUUUGAGAGAGAUAUCUUCGCUCAAUACGUCGUUUUAAGGCUUUUCCUUCUGGGUCGUGCGCAUCUGUAUACAACGGUGCAAAGCAUAUAUUACACAGACCUAGGGGUGUAGUUCGACUUUUGAAGGUACGACCGCAAUUCACAUUUCGACAUAUCGAUGGUGCAGGUCGUGAGAGACGCUCGAGGUCGUGAUGGCGUAGAUGGGUUUUCAUGUCGCGGAGUCGAAUGAUUUUGUUGCAGAGAUGACAUUCUGUUGUACGGCCCCCGUCGAUGAUUUCGUGCGGUGUGAGACCAGAGAGUAAAACUUCGGGGUCGUUCAUGUCCGGGUCUGAAUCGCCCUGUUGGGGGACAACUAAGUGGCAGAACUGACACAGGAUCAGCUUUCCGGGACACCUAGUUGUCCGAUGGUGCGCGAGAGAUGGUAGAUUGUCUGCAGUAUAGUCGCAAUUGAAGCAUGAAUGCGAUUUAUGGAAUAUAUAGUCAUGUUUCUCUUUGCUCGGUUUAUCGUUGCCGUAAGACUCGUCAUGUUCACAAUGCCAGUGAUUUUGCCAUUCGCUCGAGGAUUUCUGAAAGACAUUCUUGCACUUUGGACAGAGAAUAUUAUUCCGUAGACAGAAAUUCUCGUGUAAAAAUAACGUACGUCGAGGAACCCAUUGCUGACAGUUUUUACAUUGAACUUCGUCGGGAUUGUGCUCAUUCACAUCAAUCAUAUUCUCGUCACCGUCAGCCUGGACAGUAUCAACCACGCGAAGCAUAAAUUCGAACGGCGCCUCCGUAUCAUCUUCAUCAUGGAGCGAGAAAGCAUGCACAGAGACAUACAGCUUCUCCGCAUCAGCCAUUUCCGGCAGAGAAGAAUCCAAUUUCAAAACCUUAAACGACUUCGACGACAUAUCACCAAAGACAUGCUCAUCACUCCGAGGUUGCGCCCUUUGAUAUGCCGAGAAUGGACUAACGAAAAUAUCCAAAUCAGCUCCAU